CGUCUGCCGUAAGUACAGUUUGAAGCCUAAGGGUACCCUCCGGGCAGCCUACAUUGCGCAUUCCGCAAGACACAUCCCGAGUACAGAAAGCACUGGUCGUUCCUAAAACGCGCUUUGACGACGUCCGCUGGCUAGCUGGCCUAGACCCGUCAGCCAACCUUUCCCAGUUCCACUUAUGCAGCUGACCUCUUGCGGCUCCUUUACUGCCUUUGUGUAUACUACAGACGUACGACCUGAGUUGCAAUACCUCCAGCCGAGGGUGAUUGCGGGUCUCGAAUUCUGCGCAUGUCUGUCGUAUCUUCUGGACUACUACGACGCCUUACCGCAAUACUCACUCUUCCUACACGCAACUGAAGAUCAGUGGCACAAUGAUGUGUUCUCUAAACCCACCAAUCAACCAGAUACGUUGCGUAGCUUACGGAUGGAGAACAUUAACGCAGCCGGUUACGUCAGCUUGCGGUGUAAGCCACAUCCGGGUUGCCCGCCAGAUAUCGAGCCCACGACCCCGGCGGCUCCUGAUGGACAUGUCUGAAACAUCAACAAGACACAAAGUGAUGCACCGCCGCUUCUCGGCGGGCCGUGCUGCGCACAGUUUAGGGUGAGUCGGAGC